AUGUUGUAUUCUAUUCGUGAAAGCGAAGCUGAAGGCAAUAUAUCGACAGAUUCGUAUACGGCCAAUAAAUCUAUUAAUCAAGAUACUAAUUUAACAAAAAAGAGUUCCAGUAGAUCAUUACCCAAAAGGCAGAAAGAUUUGGAUGAAGAAAUACAAAAUUUGAAUAAUGUUAUAAACAAAUUGAGAAAGGUAGAACAGCUACUUCUCAAUCAAAUCAAAGAUCUAAAACACCAAUUGGAAGUUCAAUACAAAAGUUCGAAUAAAGAUCAAGAAUGCAUAGAUGAAUUAAAUAAAGAACUUAAUUCAAUAUCGAAUAAAUUACAUCAUGAGAUUAUGCACAAUAGUUAGUAAUAAAAAACUAAUAUUGAGUUACAAAAAUCGAUUCUCAAAUUAGAACAGGAUCUCAUUACAAGUAAUUAAAAAAAUUAAGAUAUUUCAGAAGAAUUGCAAAUCGUAAAAUCUAAAUAUUCCAAUGAACACAAAUUUGUUGAAUCAUUAUUGCACAUGGUGAUUAGUUGCCAUCCUGAGCAUUCCUUUCGAGAGUAGCCAUCACUCAAACAGGCCUGGAAAUGGUUGAAAUCCAUUCUAUCUGAUUAUUUGGCACUCAAACAACAAACCAGAAACUAAAAAGAAGGCUCUAGCCAAAGUUCCAGUUCCACUAGUAAAUGA